UCUGUGCUCUCCCCUCCUCCUCUUCAGCUCUCUUUCACACUCACACUCUCUCACCCACUUAGUCUAUCACAUGUACUCGUGUUGCACCUGACAGCCAGUUUUGCUCUCGACCAAAGGACAGUCUUUUCAUCUGUUUUGUGCUGUGUCGGACGCUCCAUCCAGCUUUGCUUUCUUUGCGCUGUACCUUCUCGUCUCAGCAAGCUCCUUUUUGGUCUGCCAGGGUUGUGGAUCCUCUCCCCUGCUGCUCUACAGAAGACCAGUUCCAGCUGCUCCAGCUGCUGUACGAGGGGUCGCAGGAUGGAGGCUGUGGCUCUCUACGACUUCCGUGCCACGGAGAGCGACGAACUCAGCUUCCAGAAGGGCGACGUACUCAAGAUUACCAAUAUGGAAGAUGACCCAAACUGGUACACAGCAGAGUUACUGGGAAGGAGGGGCUACGUGCCCAAGAACUACAUCAGUGUAAGACCACAUACAUGGUUUGCAGGCCGGAUCUCCAGGCAUGUGGCUGAGGGACGGCUUCGCCAGCGGGAAUGUGGGGCGUUCUUGGUGCGAGAAAGCGAGAGCGCACCUGGAGAGUUCUCCAUAUCAGUCAGCUAUGGAGAUCAUGUGCAACACUUCAAAGUUCUGAAGGAGAGAGAGGGACACUACUUUGUCUGGGACGAGGUCUUCGCCUCCCUCAACCAGCUAGUGAACUUCUACAAGAGCAACAGCAUUGCUAAGGAACGGACCGUCUUCCUCAGAGAUGCAGAGCAGUCACAAAGGCAGAGGCCCCAUCACGCCCAUGCCCUGUUCGACUUCAACCCGCAGCACAACUCCCAGCUGCACUUCCUGCGCGGUGAUGUCAUCGACCUGCUCGACUGUUCAGACGCACAAUGCUGGAAGGGCCGUUGCCAUGGCCGCGUGGGCUUCUUCCCCAGAGAGUACGUCAAGCCCAUUUACCACUGACCUCUCAGCCUAACGCCAGGCAACGACCAGGGACCGGGCACUGCUUUCACACAUGGACUGCCUCAGACCAACAUUCAGUAAUGCAGUGUCUGAGUUGUGAAAAAUAAAGGCCUGGACUGCUGACCUACCAAACAAGAAAACUAUAAGAGAAACUAUGUAAUCACUUUUAUUUCGCCACCAGUGUAUAAAAGCAGUGAUGUUGACACUAAGAGGCUACUGUGGGCUAUGGGACUGUGUCUAAAGAGGAGGGGAAGAAAUGUCACUAAACAGAGAAAGAAAUACAUACAGAAUUUAAAACGCUCUGUAAAUAGUCCUCAAAUGCAACAUUUUGCAGCACUUUCAAUGUAAACUUAAAUCAUUUGGUUCAAAAUGUGUUGCAUUCUUCUUCUUUCCAUUCCCUAUUGUGUGUUUGUUUUGUGGUAUUUUAAUUUCAUGUGUAUUUUCUUUGUUGUCUUUGUUAUAAAUAUCUUUUCAUAUAUAAACAAGCUGUAUGUGAAUAUUGUAGCUUGAUGAAAAUAAAAGUGUGUUGAUGAUAAAA